AUGUGGAGCUGGGUUUUCACUGUUGCGGUUCUGCUGUCCUCCAUCAAACUUGCUGAAACUCAGGGCAGGUGCAAUAAUGUGCAGGCAGCAGACAUUGUGUUCCUGAUUGAUGGGUCCUCCAGUAUCGGACGCGCAAACUUCCUGCAGGUGAAGGGCUUCAUGGCUGGAAUUGUAAAGCCUUUUGCUAGCUCUGUCAGUGAGUCAGGGAUCCGGUUUGGGGUCGUGCAAUACAGCGACACCUCAAGGGUGGAGUUCACCUUUAACACACACCUAACAGGCACGGAUGUUGUCAACGCGGUAGAGAAUAUAAACUAUAAAGGUGGAAACACACGCACUGGAGCUGGUCUGAAGUAUGUUUCUGAUAACUUCUUCAAUCCUGCCUCCACCCGGGAUGUCCCAAAGGUCACCAUCCUGAUCACAGAUGGGAAAUCCCAAGACCAAGUGCAGGAACCGGCUCAGAAGCUGCGCAGUCAGGGAGUGAAUGUUUUUGCAGUUGGAAUCAAGAGUGCAGACAGGAAUGAACUGGCUCAGGUUUCCUCAAAGCCCAGCAGUGAUUUCACCUCGUUUGUGGGGGACUUUAAGUUGCUGAAUACGCUGCUUCCUGUUGUUAGCCCACAAGUGUGCUCGGCAGCAGGGGGAGUCUAUGCAAGUGAUGAGGCCUUUUCUGGUCCAUCUAAUCUUCAGUUCACGGGCCAAACGACUGAUUCUCUCCGGUUCCGAUGGAGUCCUGCAGGGGGGCCUGUCAGCGGCUAUGCCAUACAGUAUGUGCCCCUCUCUGGUCUGGGUCAGCCAAUCACUGCAAAACUACGUCAGGAAACGGUCUUGGCCAGUCAGAGGACAUUCACUGCACGAGAGCUCAGUUCAGCAACAGACUACCUGGUGACUGUCAUUGCCCAGUACCCCAAUAGUGUUGGAGAUUCUGUUUCUGCUAAGCAGCGAACCAGAUCAUUACCAGGAGUCUCCAGCCUACGCUUGGUGCAGGCAGGCUUCUUCUCCCUCUCUAUUGAAUGGGAUCAGCCUUCAUCUUCUGUGCAGGGCUACAGGCUCACCUACGGGCCACGGGGACAACCAGCGACCCAGCUGUUGGAGCAGUCUCUGUCUGCAGAUGCCAUCUCUAUCACCUUGGAGUCUCUUCAGCCCGACACAGAGUAUGUCAUCAACCUGUACCCUCUGUUCUCCAGAAAUGGUGCAUCCCCGUCUGUCCUUAAUGCUCGCACAUUGAGUCUGGAGGCAGUGCAGCAGUUAACAGUGGAGACAGUGUCGGAGGGCAGUAUUCGUGUAAAAUGGAGACGAGUCAGUGGUGCACGAGCGUACCGUUUGGUAUGGGGACCAUUUACAGGGCGUAAUGUGGAGACUGUGGAGGUCGCUGGUGACACUGAACUCUAUACUUUAUCCAGCCUGCAGCCGGAUACUGAGUACAUUGUCACCAUCAUCCCAUUGUAUGAGGGCAACACUGAGGGGCCUCGGGCCACAGCCAGAUUCAAUAUUGAACGUCAAGAGCAGCAGGUUCUCAGAGCAGCAACCACAGGACCCUCCUCAAUCCGCCUCAACUGGAGACUGAUCCGGGCCGCUCGAGGCUACCGCCUGGAGUGGAAGGAAAGUGAAGGAAGCCCUCUCCAGAGUCUGUCUUUUCCUCAAAGCUCCACCAGCUACGAACUAACAGGUCUCCGACCAAACACAGAGUACAUCUUCCAGCUGUACACUCUGUAUGAAGGGCGUGAAGAGGCCACACCCGUCUCCACGGAAAACAGAGAGGAGCAGCCAAUAGGAAGCGUGUCCAACCUGAGAGUGGUGGAGUCACUGGGUAGUACAGUCCGAAUUGGGUGGACAGGUGUGGCAGGGGCCACACAGUACCGUAUCGUUAUCUUGAACACUGAGGAUGGAACAGAGGCAAUCAAAAUUAUUCCUGGAAACCAGACGACCCUUGACCUGAGAGAUCUGACAGUGGGAGUCUCAUACGGUGUCAGUGUUACCGCACUGGUGGGAGUAAGCGAAGGAGAAACCAUAACUGUCUACAUCAAACCAGAGCCAGCUGCAGGGAGAGUGACCAAUCUCAGAGUAACAAAUGUAAACAGUCGGAGAAUUCGCAUCACUUGGCAAGGUGUUAUUCGUGCAACAGGGUAUAGAGUUAUUUGGAGACAAGGCAACAAUGCAGAGCAAUCUCGUCUUCUGGGAGCAGAACCUACUUUUUACACUAUAGAUGGCCUGCAGCCGGAUGAGGCUCUGGUGAUCAGUGUUGCCCCUAUUAUUGAUCGGCGUGUUGGUGAAGCCGUCACUUUGUCUGCAAGGACGAAUCCCUCUAGUGGAGCAUUGUCUGGGCUUCGCAUCACUGAAAUCUUGUCACAGAGGAUACGCAUUACAUGGUCACCUUUUUCUCGGGCCACUGGAUAUAGGAUCAUUUGGCGCCUUGAAGAUGGAACUGAAACAACACGAAUCGUAGAUGCUGAUGUCUCUUCCUACACCAUAGAUGGACUUCAGCCUAACUCAGCUUACACUGUAUACGUUUCUCCCCUUAUUGGCUCUCGAGAAGGAAAUCCAGCUAUUCUCAGCAUUAGAACAGAAUCAGAUCAGUCGGUUGUGGGAAUUGUGACAUCGCUUCAAGUCCAGGAAGCCCGAGGGGAAGUGGUCCGGGUCUCUUGGGUUGGUGUACAGGGAGCAACAGCUUAUCGAAUCAUUUGGAGGAGACUCGUUGGUGGAGAAGAACGGAGCCAGCUGGUAGGCCGAGAUGUGACUUCCUUGGAUUUGGACCAGCUUGAUCCUGGAGUUCAGUAUGAGGUUCAGGUCAUUGCUGUUGUUGAAAACAGGGAAGGGCCGCCUGUUUCGGUCAGAGUCACCACACCUGGUUAUGUCACCCCACCUUCCCCACUACCAACCACAACUUUACGAGUAACAGAGGUUACCCAGGAUUCUGUGCGGCUGAGCUGGGCUGUGCUUUCGGGCACCACAGAAUAUAUUCUACGCUGGAAAGAGGAGACAGAUGUUGGUCGGGGCCUGUCCAUCACGCUGCCUGCGUCGUCCAGCUCCUACCUGGUGACCGGGUUGCGUUUGGGCCGCAGAUACAGAUUUACCAUCCAGCCCACCUUUGUAGGCGGAGUUUCAGCUGAGACUUUUGUAGAUGAACGCACUGUGUGUUUGGGCGGACGUCUAGAUCUGGUGUUUCUUGUUCCUGCAUCUACCGAUCGGACUGACCUAAUAAGGCCUCUUAGGGAUCUUGUCGUCAGUGCAGCAGGGUCGCUUGCUGCUAUUGGGCCCCGAGACUCACAGGUGGGGGUGGUUGUAUACAGUUUUAGACCCAAAAUCUGGUUCCUGCUCAGUCGUCAUUCAAGAUCUGACACACUGCUCCAAGAGAUCCGGGCUACACCCUUUGACGAAAGCCCAGGAAAUAACAUCGGUGAGGCGGUGACGUUCACCAGACAGUACCUGCUGACCCCCUCAGCUGGACGGAGGCAGAGGGUGCCUGGGGUAAUUGUGAUCAUUGCUGACAGGAAAUCUGUGGACAACCUGACCCUCGCAGCUAGCAGUCUAAGAGAUGCAGGUGUGACCGUGCUAGCAGUGGGUAUAGGCCAAGCGGACACAGAAGAGCUGCGGCAGGCAGUGACGGAUCGAAGCCCACAGAACAUUCUCUACACCAGUACCGCAGAACGACUGAACACAGUACACGCUGAUCUGGCCGACUUGCUUUGUGGUAUUGCCAGAAUUCCAGAGGUCACUCCAGGUCCAGAGCAGUGUACUGUGCAGUGUCCUCAGGGAGAGAAGGGAUAUCGUGGUGAUAAGGGCGAAAGAGGCAGCGAUGGUACAGAUGGACGCAAGGGUGAGCCUGGUCGUGAUGGUUUGCCUGGGAGGGAAGGUCCCAGGGGUCCUGAAGGCCGGCCAGGAACACCCGGACAACCUAUCCCUGUUGACCCUUCCCAGGGUAUAAAAGGGGAAAAGGGGGAGAGAGGCUUUCCCGGAGUGGAUGGAAAUCCAGGAUUACCAGGAAGACCAGGAGCUCCUGGAAAUGCAGGUGUUCCAGGUUUACAAGGUCUCCCUGGAGUCAGAGGAAGCCCGGGCGAACCAGGAGGACAAGGCACUCCAGGGUCAAAGGGUGAUAAAGGUGAAAGGGGUGAACCGGGUUUAGCUGUAUCCGGUGGGGGUCUACCAGGGAGGAAGGGAGAGCCAGGCAUCCCAGGAAUACCUGGUUCUCCAGGUCGACCAGGCAACGAUGGCGCCAAGGGAUCCCUCGGAGAUCCAGGUACACCGGGCCAGGAUGGUCGCCCAGGAUUGUCAGGAACGCCGGGACUUAACAUUAAGGGAGAAAAGGGCAUCCAAGGUGAGAGGGGACCUCCAGGAGUAGGAAGCGGUGUGGCCGUAAAGGGUGAAAAGGGCUCCCCUGGUAUUCCAGGAACGUUAGGUGGCCCAGGACCUAGAGGGGCAGCAGGGCCACAGGGCAUUAAAGGAGAAAAGGGCGAAGAUGGCGCUGGACUGCCUGGACCUCAAGGAAAGCAAGGAGAACCUGGGGACAGGGGUCCCCGCGGGCCUGCAGGCGAGAUUGGCAGUAAGGGCGACCGAGGACAGCCGGGUGAGCCUGGGACGCGGGGAGACAGGGGGGAGCGAGGACCAGCUGGGGAGACUGGAGAGAAAGGAGACUCAGGGAAGGCAGGGAUCCCGGGAUCACCAGGCUUGAGAGGUUUACCAGGCCCAAGUGGACCAACGGGAGAAAAGGGAAAUGAAGGAGCACGAGGGGAGCCAGGAAGAAGUAUGCCGGGUUUAUCAGGAAAGAAAGGAGAACAGGGAGAAAUAGGUCUGCCUGGUUCUGAAGGCCUGAGGGGGGAGAAAGGGGAGCCAGGACAAAGAGGAGAGAAAGGUUCUCCAGGAACAGGAGGGUCAGGUGUUCUUGGAACUAAAGGAGAGCCAGGAGAGCCUGGACUAGCAGGUCUUAACGGACGACCGGGAGCCAAGGGAGAUCCAGGAGAUCCAGGUGAGAGGGGAGAAAAUGGACGCCCAGGAAUUCCAGGAAAACCCGGCCUCCCUGGAAAACAGGGAGAAAAAGGUGAGAAGGGCGAUGAAGGCACACCUGGGGAAUCUGGACUCCCAGGAAAGCCAGGAGAAAGAGGCUUGCGGGGACUGGCGGGUCAGCCUGGGCGACUAGGAGAGAAAGGAGACAUGGGAGAUCCGGGAGAGCACGGGAGAAAUGGCAGCCCUGGACCCGCUGGACCGAGAGGAGAGAAAGGAGAGCAAGGACCUCAAGGGCCUGCUGGGCCACCAGGAAAAGUGGCUGAUAUCCAGGGUCAGCUGAAAGGAGAGAGAGGGGAGAAGGGUGACGCCGGCGACCCAGGAGAGCAUGGCAGCAGAGGUCAGCAAGGGGAAGCAGGAACUCCAGGAGCUGCAGGCCUGCGAGGCCCAGAGGGACUGAGGGGGCCUGCAGGCACAAAAGGUGACACGGGAGAAAGAGGAUCACCCGGAGAGAAGGGAGAAAGGGGAGCAUCUGGCUUAGAUGGGCGUACUGGUCUGGAUGGUAAACCAGGCUCUCCAGGACCACCUGGACUAAGGGGUGAUCCUGGAAAACAAGGCGACGCUGGGAGAGAUGGGUUACCAGGAUUAAGAGGAGACCAGGGUCCCCAGGGGCCUGUUGGUCCUCCAGGAAAUCCAGGAAUACCUGGUAAAGCAGGUGAAGAUGGAAAACCUGGGGCUCCAGGCAAAAUGGGCGAGGAUGGAGUGCCAGGUGAAGACGGGAGAAAGGGUGACAAAGGAGAAGCUGGAACAGCUGGAAGAGAUGGUCGUGAUGGGCAGAAAGGGGAUCGUGGCCCUACUGGGCCUCCAGGCCCCUCUGGACCCCAGGGGCCUGCUGGAUUGCCUGGCAGCAUUGGUCCCCCUGGACAGGUUGUGUAUGUAAAAGGGGUUGAAGCUGCACCCAUCGUAGGUCCACAGGGCCCUCCAGGAACACCGGGCGUCCCUGGAAUUCCAGGAGCAGUGGGAGCCCGAGGUGAGCGAGGUCCAGCAGGUCCUAAAGGAGAUGUUGGAGACCCGGGAGAAGACGGGGCUCCUGGUAAACCGGGGACAGCAGUGGAUGUACAAAAGGCGCUGUCUGGCCUAGGAAUAGUGGUGUCUGAUCUGAAGGUGCUUGUGGACAGGAAGGACACAAUGCUGUCUCCUACAGUGCAAAAGGUUGAGAAGGGUGAAAAGGGAGACAGAGGGGAAACUGGGUCGAGAGGACCAUCUGGAGCAGAUGGUGCUCGGGGCUUUCAAGGAGAUAGGGGACCAAAAGGGGAACAAGGGGAGCGAGGACCCAUUGGACAAACAGGGCCUCCGGGACGAGCCAUUGUAGAACGAGGACCAGAGGGUCCCCCAGGGCCUGCUGGAGAGCCUGGCAAGCCAGGAAUACCGGGUGUUCCAGGGAGAGCAGGGGAACUCGGAGAGGCUGGGAGACCAGGAGAAAAGGGAGAGAGAGGGGAGAAAGGUGACAAAGGCGAAGCUGGUCUAAUUGGAUUAACAGGACCAGCUGGCCCUCCAGGUCAAAAGGGAGACUCGGUAUUGGAUGGUACUCCUGGGCUUCAAGGGCCUCCGGGACUGAGGGGAGAGCCUGGUGCUACAGGACCUUUAGGCCCCAAAGGAGAGAGAGGUUUUGUAGGACCUCGUGGUGAUAAAGGAGAUAGAGGAGAGCCUGGAGAUAAGGGGCGUGAAGGCUCAAUGGGCGUGCCAGGGGAAUCCGGAAAACCUGGACAGGAGGGGAAACCAGGCUUCCCUGGGUUCCCGGGAGUUCUAGGCAGACCGGGAAAUCCAGGAGAGCCUGGCAUUAGGGGACCAACUGGACCCAUGGGUCCUACUGGCAUGCCAGGUCCACCAGGUGUAAAGGGUAAUCAAGGAGAAGCAGGCAUUGGUAUCCAGGGUCCUCCUGGUGCUCAGGGGAGCACAGGUAUGCCUGGGCCACCAGGUCCACCAGGAGCUGUUGGUCCACAGGGCCCCCCAGGACUGUCGGGGCAGGUGGGUGAGGCAGGGAAGCCUGGUGUUCCUGGAAGAGAUGGGGUUCCUGGUAAAGAUGGACUACCUGGACUACCAGGAAAGCAGGGUAUUGCAGGACCUCCAGGGCUGCCUGGCUUUAAGGGGGAACAGGGAGACAGUGGUCCUCCUGGGAAGGCUGUGGCUGGAGCUCCUGGUCUUAAAGGAGACACGGGUCCUCCGGGUGUAACAAUGCCAGGUACGGCUGGAGAGCGAGGUCUACCUGGAGAAAAGGGUAGCAAGGGAGACAAAGGUCCUGCUGGCAUCAAAGGAGACAGAGGAGUGGCUGGUGAACCAGGAGAGCAAGGGGAGGAUGGAGCACAAGGAUCACCAGGGCCUAAAGGAGAUAAGGGAGACAAGGGCGUCGGACUACCAGGUCCACUUGGUCGUAUCGGGCCUCCAGGUCUGAAGGGAGAUUCUGGGCUUCCUGGUCCAGCUGGCCCUCCAGGCUCCCAGGGGAAGGCUGGAGAUCCUGGACUGCCUGGUGUGAGAGGAGAAAAUGGACAGCCAGGACCUCCUGGACCUCCAGGGGAGAGGGGCCUCCAAGGGUUUGCUGGCCGUGCAGGAAACACUGGAGUUCCUGGUCCUCCUGGACCUGCAGGACAGCCAGGCUCUGCUGGUACUAAUGGAGUCAAAGGGGACAAGGGGGAAGUUGGUGUUGGGGUUCCUGGUCCUAGAGGGGAGAGAGGAGAUCCAGGACCCAGAGGGGAGGAAGGCAGAGCUGGCUUGGAUGGGGACAGAGGACCAACAGGUCCAUCAGGGAUUCGAGGUCUUCGAGGAGAAAAGGGAGACAGCGGACUGCCGGGUGAGAAAGGAGAUAAGGGGGACACUGUGCUGGUGGGAGGACCACCGGGAGAAAAGGGCAACAAAGGAGAAACAGGUGACAGAGGACCCAAAGGUACACAAGGAGAGAAAGGGACGAAAGGUCAGGAGGGUCCAUCAGGAGAGCAGGGUCAAAGGGGAGAACCUGGAGAGCGAGGAUCCACUGGUUUCCCAGGGGCCCGUGGACCUGGUGGACAGAAGGGAGAGGCGGGUGAUCCUGGAGUACCUGGUGAAUCGGGUUUACCUGGAAAAGACGGUCUGGCGGGUCGUAAAGGGGAGAAGGGUGAAGUUGGGGUCAGUGGACUGAGAGGAAUCAAGGGUGACCGUGGACCCAAUGGGGCCUGUGGGGCUGAUGGACCCAAAGGAGAAAAGGGGGUUUCAGGCGUUCAUGGACGAUCGGGCUUACCAGGGAGAAAAGGUGAACAGGGGGCCAUCGGGCCUGCUGGGGCCCCUGGGAAUCCUGGAAAAGAGGGAAUAGUUGGUCCCAAGGGGGAAAGAGGUUUUGAUGGGGUUGCUGGACCCAAAGGAGCUCAAGGAGAUAAAGGUGAAAGGGGAACAUCUGGCAUACCUGGUCCUCCAGGUCCAAGAGGGCUGGAUGGGCCCCCCGGCUUGACUGGCCCACAAGGACCAGCUGGUGCUAAAGGUCCAGAGGGACUCCAAGGACAGAAGGGGGAGAGAGGUCCAAUUGGUCCUGCAAUGGUGGGUCCUCGUGGUAUCCCAGGAAUCCCAGGCGAGCAAGGAGAGCCGGGAGACAUGGGACCAGAUGGUGCCAAGGGAGACAGAGGAGAGCCAGGCAUGACGGAGGAUGAGGUCAGAGAAUAUGUUCGCACUGAGAUGAAACAGCACUGUGCAUGUGGAGGUUCAGGCCCAGACACUCGGUCCCAGCCCGCACUCAGGGCUCGACCUACAACAGAGCAAGAACUGGUACUGAAUGGUGAGAAGGGGCGGGAGCUGCGUGUGGUGGUAAACACCAAUGACCCCGAGUACGAGCACGUCUACUCCAUCGAGGCCCUGGAUGACCCCAUGGAUGACCUGCUCUACUUCUCCACAGAGUCAGUCAAUCACACUGAAGGCCAGGCCAAAGCUGAUCCCAAAAAAUUAAGCAGCCCUGCUGGUACUCAGAAAACAGCUGACCAUUUGAAAAAAGUUCCACCGCAGAUUGGAGACAAGUCCAGAUUAAUCAGGCCCAAGAGGACUGUACAAAAGGAAGGUUCGACAGAAAUGUGUCUGCUGCCCAUUGAUGAGGGCAGCUGUCAGAGGUACACUCUGCGCUGGUACUUCAACAGCCAGGUUCGAGCCUGCAGGCCUUUCAUCUAUAGCGGCUGCGAAGGAAACGACAACCGCUUCCUUCACUUGGAGGAGUGUGAGGAGACCUGCCUCAGGGAGACUGAAGAUCUUGAACCCAUACAGACGGCACGGUGAUUGUGGCUAUCUUCUCUCCCACAAGAAUAUUUUUAUAGCUCAUUAUGUUUCAAAUGUCUGUAGUUUUUGUCUAUUUAUUACUUCAUAAAAUUCUGACGGACUGUUUUCAAAGGCCACAUAACUUCCAAGUUUGUUUUGCAAAACAAAAUUAAAAAUACAUAUUGUUUUUCAGUUUAAUAACAAAUCCUUAUUUAUCAUUCUGGCAAUGAAAGGGUGUCUUUGUUUAUUUUUAAGACUUCAAGGCUUCAGAAUUAGCUCUCUAAAUUAAACCUUCCUAGAGCUUUGAGGUAUUUUAGUACCUUCAGUUCAGUUAACGUUCUUCACCGGCAGUAAGAGUAAUAGGUGCAAAUUAAGCAUGGACAGGGGCAAGCAACUCGACUCAUCUUACUGUGUAGCAACAUGCAAAAACAAGUCCAUUAUAGUUCAUUAUUAGAGGUUGUUCAGAGUCCUUUACAAUGAAUGUGUCAACAUAAGAGCUUAUGAGUUCUGGCCAAAUUAAUCUUAACACAUAAAUAUUGUUAAUUACUCCCAUGUUAAUCAUGAAAUCGCAUUUAAAGAAAAUACCCAUUUCAAGACAGAGCUGAUGAAAAGAAGCGUGGAAAAGUUUAGGCAGUAGAUUGAUUUUUUUUCUCCCCCAAUGUUGCACCUGCAAUUCUUAUCUGUUCUGCUUCCAAUUGUACCUAAUUUUGUUAAAUAAGUACAUUUUUGUUUUGUUAGUUCAGUUUUCUGUUGAUUUGUGGAACUUAACAGGCCAAAAUAUUCCAAGUAAUUUUAAGUUGUUUGAUUUUUUUUUUUUCUUGAAAUUUGAUAUUAAACCAUAUUUCCAUCAUGUUCUAAUCCUCAUUUGGACCUGUGGAUUUUGUCCUUUGUGGCCCUAUCAUUGGUUCACCUAAUGUUUCUUGCAGAAGUAAUCCUACUUCUUGAACUUUUCCACAUUUUGUCAUGUUAAACCAAAACCUUUUAUGUAUUCUAUUAGGAUUUUAGGUGAUAAACUGACACAAAGUAGUGCAUAAAGUGGAAAGAAAAUGAGAAAUUGUUUUAAUUUUUUUUAUCAGUUAAAAUCUGAAAAGGGUUCCAUGCACAAUUUGUACAACUUCCCUUCAGUACAAUCUGGAGACUGAUUUUUCUGCUCAUUCCUCCUUCCAAUUUAGCUUAAGCUCAGCCACAUCGAAUUCAGAACGUCUAUUUUUUUUUUUUAUCUAUCCAUAAAUACUUAAUUGAAUUUGAGUCUGGAUAAAGUCUUGUCCAUUCUAACACAGAAAGAUGCUCUGGCUGGAUGUAUAAGUUUUUCUGCUGCAUUAGGCUCUGCCCCAGUCUCAAGUCAUUAGUUGUCCUACCAACAGAUUCUCCUGCCUGAGCUGACAAUCUCUGCAGCUCCUCCAGAGUUACAGUUUGCCUCUCGCCUGCUUCUCUGAAUAAUGCUUGUCCAGUUUGUCAGUUUAGGUGGUAGGUUUAAAGUUGUGGCCAACUGUUUUUAUUUUGGGAAGAUGGAUGAUGGACACUGUUUUGUUAAAUGUUCAAAGCCUUUGGUGCUCUUUUAUAACCUAAUCCUGUAGCCAUGUUAAUCAUCUCCACAACUUAAUCCCGGACCUGUCUGCUGUGGUCCUUGGUCUUUCCUGAUGCUAUUUGUUCACCAGUUUUCAAACAAACGUCUGAGGCUUUCACAGCGCAGCUGUAUUUAAACUGAGAUUAAAUUGCACACAGGUGGACUAUGAGUAAAGGGGACACCACACUUUUCAGAUUUUAAUUUAGAAAGACAAAAUACUUUUAAGUUUGCGGUUGUACUGUGGCAAAAUGUAAAAAAGUUCAGUCUGUAUAAAUAAAUCUGCAAAGCAUUGUCUAAAGCCAAGGAAUGACCCGAUCAGAGAGUUGAUUUUUCUGAAAUGACCAGACAAAAUAUUCAGUAUAACUUGACUCAAUUUGGAGAUAUUAUGAAUUUGUGGAGUAAUCAGGUGUAACUUUCUAGCUUUGUUCUCUACUUUUAGACAUUUAUAGAUGAAUAAAAUGGUUCAUUUAUUUUUUUAGAAUAAAAAUUUGUAACUGAAGUUAGGAAAAUAUAUCUCACAAUUUUAAUGGUUGUUUUUAACAAGAAAUUGUUUUGUUUAUAAAAAGUUUGACAAAUGGCUAAAAGUACUGUUGUGUUUAACUCCUCCCAAGAUAACUGAAAUGUUAAGUGCUUUUAUGCCUUGUUAUUUUUAUCACUUUUAUCUUAGAACUGGACUAACUAAAAGCAAAGUUAUUUUGGUGAAUUUCCUAAUAGCUUGUGUAACAUCCCAAUAUUAUUCAGAAACAAAACGCCCAUUUAACUUUGAGAGCUGCAGCUGCAAGCACCAUCUAAGUGCUCUUUCUGUAAAUUUUCUAGUUCUGCUCAGUUUACUUUCACAAUAGUAUUCUACUUUGAGUUUUAUGCAGUUUUUUAUUAUGUUUCUGAUUUGAUACGUAGGUGAAACCUGAGAAAACUAGGGUCUAAUUUCCUUUUAGCCUUAACCAUCUAGACCAGGUUUGGAGAUCUUGUGUGCAUCGUUUCAUUUGUUUUCUUUACAUCAUAAAGGAUUAAUAAGGACCUUAUAAGGACCUUAUAGGAUUUCCCAGGGACCUUCAUAUGGGGUUUGUUAUCUGCUGUACAAUGUUUAUAAGUUUUCCAGGCAGGAUCUUCAGAUGCAUAAAAAUCUAAAUUAAACCAGAAAUACCGGAAAUAUAAUAAUUUUGGUAUAGUUUUAGCAUCUGUUUUAAAAAUGAAGAAUCAAGCACAAUAAUUUGUUGUAUAUAAUGUUGUGUUCAUUAUUUUGGGGAAAAGUUGUCUAUUUUCAUGACUGCAUGUUUACCUGCCAGAGAAAAGGUGCUAUUUUUAAAAGGUAUUUUUUAUACUGUGUUGAAGGUGUACGCUUGUGUUUUUGUGGUAAAAAUCUGUGUCGGUGUUUACUAUGCAUUUCUAAUAAAGCAAAUGUUUCAGUGA